AGGAAACAACCACGAAGUUUUUUCCCCCAAAUAGAGUCAGUAGUCAAUGUUGUUGUACCAGCAGAGUGAAGCUCUCUGUGGUCUUGAUCCUCCCUUUCAUCAUCCUAAUGGAUUCUUCUUUUUCCGUCCUUAUGUUCUGUGCUGCUGCGAUCGGAUUCUUCAUGAUUUUGGGCACGCUCUUAUUUAUGGUUUAUAAAAAAUUCAGAUCCAGUUCACAAAACAACAAAACAGUGCCUUCUUCAUCACCUCCUUUAUCGCCGCCUCCUUCUGUGCCUCAUCAUUGUUGUUACCAUGUCUUUCCGAGCUUUCACGGGUCAGAUGUCCGGAGAUCCUUUCUCAGUCACGUUCUGUUGGAGUUCAGGAGAAAAGGAAUCGACCUAUUCAUUGAUAACGACAUUGAGCGGAGCAAGUCGAUCGGUCCUGAGGUUAUUGAUGCCAUUAGACGAUCGAAAAUAGCGCUUGUCAUGCUCUCAAGGAACUACGCUUCCUCGUCCUGGUGCCUCGACGAGUUGGUGGAAAUAAUGAAGUGCCGCGAAGAGUUGGGUCAAUUAGUGGUGACCGUGUUCUAUGAAGUGGAUCCAACUGAUGUAAAGAAGCAGACCGGAGAUUUUGGAAAACUCUUUAAAAAAACAUGCAAGGGUAAAACAAAGGAGCGCGGUGAGAUAUGGAGACGAGCUUUGGCGCAAGUGGCCACAAUCGCCGGUUUCCAUUCACGCAGUUGGAAUAAUGAAGCGUCUAUGAUCGAAAAUUUAACCACUAGAAUUUCAAACGUGCUGAAUGAUUCCGCUCCAUCAAGGGAUUUCGACGGUCUAGUUGGGAUGGGAGCUCAUAUGGAAAAGAUGGAAUCGAUUUUAUGCCUAGACUCAGAUGAAGCGAGGAUGAUAGGAAUUUUGGGUCCUUCUGGGAUUGGUAAGACCACCAUCGCCAGAUACUUAUAUAACAAACACUCUCAUCAGUUCCAACUUAGUGUCUUCAUGACUGAUAUCAAAUCUGUUUACCCAAGACUUUGUUACGAUGAGUACAGUGCGAAAUUGCAGUUACAGAACCAAAUGUUGUCUCAGCUAUUGAACCACAAGGAGGAUAUCAAUAUUUGUCAUUUAGGAGUUUUACCAGAUAGGUUGAAAGACAAAAAAGUGUUAGUCGUUCUUGAUGGUGUGGAUCGCUUAGAACAACUAGAUGCCCUGGCGAAAAAAACUCGGUGGUAUGGUCCUGGAAGUCUGAUCAUCAUCACAACACAAGAUCCAAGACUUUUAAAGGCACACGGGAUCAACCAAAUUUACAAGACGGAUUUUCCAGCACCUGAUGAAGCUCUUCAAAUCUUCUGCAUGCAUGCUUUUGGUCAAAAGUCCCCAAAGUAUGGUUUUAUGAAGCUUUCUAAGGAAGCCACAGAACUUGCUGGUGUACUCCCUUUAAGGCUAAAAUUAAUGGGGAGGUCUCUUCGGGGAAGGUCCAGGAAAGCGUGGACAGAGGCCUUACCAAGGUUAUGUGCUAGGGUUGACAGAGAAAUAAGAAACCUUACAGCCACUGAUAUUUCGAACAAUUCCCAAGGCCAAGUUGAGAUGGAAGCUCAUGUGGAAAAGACGGAACCGAUUUUAUGCAUGGACUCGGAUGAGGAAAACAUGGUUGAAGCAAUCGUCAGUGAUACUGAAAUUAGGUUGAACAAUUCUGCAAUCGUCAGUGAAAUUGAGAUUAGGUUGAACAAUUCUCCGUCGUUAAGUGAUCUCGAAAACAUAGUUGGGAUGGAAGCUCACAUGGAAAAGAUAGAACCAAUGUUAUGCAUGGACUCAGAUGAAGUGAGGAUCAUAGGAAUUGUGGGUCCUUCUGGGAUUGGUAAGACCACCAUUGCCCAUUUUCUAUACCAACAACUCUCUCAUCAAUUCCAAUGGAGUACAAUCAUGGCUAAUAUUCAAGGAUUCAAUGGAAAUACUUACCACAAUGAGCACAAUGCGAAAUUGCACUUACAGAAGCAAUUGUUGUCUCAACUAAGCAACCAAAAUUAUACUGAUGAGAUUUUUCCUUUGGGAGUUGCACAAGAAAUGUUGAAAGACAAGAAAGUGUUUAUCGUCCUCGAUGACGUGGAUAGUUCAGGACAGUUAGAUGCCUUGGCCAAGGAAACACAUGGGUUUGGUAUUGGAAGUCGGAUUAUCAUCACAACACGAAAUGAAAGACUUUUAAAGGAAUACGGGAUCGACCAUAUUUACAAGGUGGAUUUUCCAUCGCCUGAUGAUGCUCUUCAAAUCUUCUGCAUGUAUACUUUUGGUCAAAAGUCUCCAUGUGAUGGUUUUGUGGAGCUUGCUCAGGAAGUUACAACACUUUCAGGAGAACACCCUUUGGGGUUACAGCUAAUGGGCACCUAUCUUCAGGGAAUGUCCAAGAAGGAGUGGAUAAAUGAAUUACCAACGUUUAGGUCUAACCUUGACGGUGGUAUAAUGAGCAUUGUAAAGCUUACUUAUGAUUCCUUAUGUGGUGAAGAUAAAGAAUCAUUCCAUAAUCAGAUCGCCUGUAUUUCUAACGGUGAUUGUAACGUGACGGUGGAAGAGUAUCUUGCAAAGAGUUUCUCAGAAGUGGGGCAAGAGGUUAUCAUCAUAAACCAAGAUAUUAAGGAUUUAUAUACAAAUGAUAGUGCUCUCGAAGGAUUUGAUGGAUUACUACGCCGGGAAUGCUGUCCAGUGACACGUUGGCCUUCCAAGUGGUAUCCAGAGUCUCUUUACGAACUAUACAUUCCCCACAGCAAGUUUGAGAAAUUGUGGGAAGGAAUUCGACCCCUUGGAAAGCUUAGGUUGAUGGAUUUGUCAUCCUCCAAAAACCUGAAAAAGCUUCCUGAUCUCUCAACCGCUUUCAAUCUCAAGAGAUUGGAUCUCAGCUGUUGCUCAAGCAUAGUCGAAUUACCUUACUCUAUUGGUGACGCUACAGGUCUCCUAGUAUUGACUCUCGAAUAUUGCACAAGCUUGGUUGGCCUCCCUUCCUCCAUUGGAAAUAUCACUAAUCUCAAAGAGUUAUAUCUUACUGGAUGUUCAAGUCUGGUGGAGCUCCCCUCCUCUAUUGGAAAUGCCAUUAAUCUCCAAGAAUUGUAUCUUAGAUGUUGCUCAAGUUUGGUGAAGCUCCCUUCCUCUGUUGGAAGUGCCAUCAAUCUCCAGAAACUGAAUCUCGAGUAUUGUUCAAGUUUGGUGAAGCUCCCAUCCUCGAUUGGCGAUGCCAUAAACCUCAAGGAAUUAUAUCUCGCUGGAUGCUCAAGUUUGGUGGAGCUCCCGGCAUCUAUUGGGAAUGCCACUAAUCUCCAGCAAUUAAACCUUGAAUACUGUUCAAGGUUGGUGAGGCUCCCUUCUUCGAUUGGAAAUGCCAUAAAUCUCAAAGAAUUAUAUCUCACUGGAUGCUCAAGUUUGGUGGAGCUCCCUCCAUCUAUUGGGAAUGCCACUAGUCUUGAGAUAUUGGAUGUCAGUAAUUGCUCAGGUUUGGUAGAUCUCCCGUACUCUAUCGGAAAUUUCAAUAACCUCCAUUAUUUGGAUAUCAGUAAUUGCUCAUGUCUCGUGUCCCUCCCCAACUCGAUCGGAAGUGCCACUAAUCUUUGGGAAUUAGAUCUUAGUAAUUGCUCAAGUCUUGUGGAACUUCCUUCUUCUAUUGGGAAUGUCAGUGGUCUAAGGAAAGUGGAUCUCAGUAACUGCUCAAAUCUGGUGGAGCUUCCCUCCUCCAUUGGAAACGCCACUAACCUUGAGUAUUUGUAUCUUAGUAAUUGCUCAAGUCUACGGAAGCUCCCUUCUUCCAUCGGGUAUGCCACUAGUCUACAGUGUCUGUAUCUCAGUAAUUGCUCAAAUCUGAUGGAGGUUCCCUAUUCGAUUGGGAAUGCCAUUAAUCUUAGAAUAUUGGAUCUUAGUUGGUGCACGAGUCUCGUGAAGCUCCCUGCCUCCAUUUUGAAUUCCACCAGUCUCUGGCAAUUGGAUCUAGAUAAUUGUUCAAAUCUGUUGGAAGUUCCUAAUGGCGUUCGUCUCAAGAAAUUGGUUCUUAGUUGGUGAACAAGUCUUGGUCGAGGAAUUAGAUGUUGAUUGAUAAUUGCCAACUCCAAUGGAGGCACUGUUGCUAAUACAUUCUAGUAUUUGUUUAUCAUAUUGUAUCUCUAGUAUUUUUUGUAUCUCAGUAAUUGUAGUCUGGUGGAACUCUGCUCGUCUCUGUUGAUAAUGUCCAUAGGCUGUGUUCUGAGUUUGCGUAGAUGCUCAUGUUGGAGUUUUGUUAUUUGUAAAUUGGAAACGUCGAGGUGUAAUGGUUUUUCCUACUUGUUCC